AUGGCCGCCCCAGGAACUAUGCAGCUCGACCCGAAGUACGAUGACUACGACUUCCCUACCACUGCCCCCGAGGCACAGAGUGGUCACCCCGGCCACCUGAGCGAGGAGCAGCAGGCUCAGGUUGUCCAGCUUCGUCUGAUGCUUGAGCAGGAAGGCUACACGCAACGUCUGGACACUUUGACUCUGCUGCGAUUCCUGAGAGCCCGCAAGUUCGAUGUCAACCUGUCCAAGAAGAUGUUCGUUGACUGCGAGAAGUGGCGCGCCGACACCAAGCUCGACGAGACCGUUCCCACCUGGGAGUACCCCGAGAAGGAGGAGCUCUUCAAGUUCUACCCGCAAUACUACCACAAGACGGACAAGGAUGGUCGUCCAGUCUACAUUGAGCAGAUGGGUGGCAUUGACUUGACUUCCAUGUACAAGAUCACCACCGCCGAGCGCAUGCUUACCAACCUUGCUGUCGAGUAUGAGCGUCUCUCCGACCCUCGUCUGCCCGCCGCCUCGCGCAAGGCUGGUCAGCUCCUCGAGACUUGCUGCACCAUCAUGGAUCUUAAGGGCGUUGGUAUCACCAAGGUUCCCCAGGUGUACUCGUACGUCAAGCAGGCCUCGGCCAUGUCACAAAACUACUACCCGGAACGUCUGGGCAGGAUGUACCUGAUCAACGCUCCUUGGGGCUUCAGCGGUGUGUGGAAUGCCGUCAAGGGCUGGCUCGACCCCGUCACCGUCCAGAAGAUCCACAUCCUGGGCUCCGGCUACCAGAAGGAGCUGCUCGCCCAGGUCCCCGCUGAGAACCUGCCCAAGGCUCUCGGUGGUACUUGCGAGUGCCCCGGCACUUGCGCCCUGAGCAACGCUGGUCCUUGGCAAGAUCCCCAGUGGGCCAAGCCCGCCAAGUGGGAGAAGAAGGCCGAGACCGUUGUCAACGAGCCCCAGACGACGACUGAGCCCCCCAAGGGCACUGAGCAGGUUCCCGUCACCGGUGCCGCCGAGGACGCUCCCGCAGCUGCUCCCGCAUCUUAG